GCGGUUCAGCAAGAACCAUUUACGAUAUCAUUUAUUGUGCGCAAGGAUUCACUGGAGUGAUUCGAUAUAUCGGGCAAAGACGUAGACGGACGUCAAACCGCCAUCGAAACAAGAAUUCAAAAUGCAAGCACAGUGAUUUAGCUAGCCGCUCAAUGAGUCUCCACUCGCUUCCGGCUUCACCCCUCUGGCGAUCCAGGGGCUGCCGCU